AUGGAGGUACUGGGUAAAAGACUGAUCACACCAGUGAUACGCUUUAGGGUACAGGCAUUUUCGUUUUCACGAUACAUCUAUUCACGUUCUUAUAGCCAACAAUCACCGUUUGACCUAGAAGAUGAGGAUGAGAAAUUCAAGGAUAUCAAUCAAAUGUACGUUGAGAUGUUUACUGACAACGAUGAUACAAAAUUGACCAGCAAGAAUGAGGGAUCAAAGCAACCCAGCUCCGAUCUUGACGAAUUGAACGAUGACAUGAAUGACUUGCUUAAUGUUGGCUAUCACAAGCUGACCACUACAGAGCUGGAGGAAAAGGUCAAGGCUCCCGGUAGAUUCAUUUUACAGAGUCUUUCCAAUAAUCCAUAUUACAACCUGGCCAUUGAAAGUUAUGUCUUCUCUCAUACGCCCGUUGAGCAGAAUGUUCGCACCGCAUUUGACAGUCAAAGGCUUUUGUUUUAUGUUAAUCGGGACUGUGUGGUCAUUGGCAAGAAUCAAAAUGUAUGGAGAGAACUACAUGUCAACGCUGUUCAAGAAAGAGGCUAUGAACUCAUGAGACGAUUCUCUGGAGGCGGCACAGUGGUCCAUGACCAGGGAAAUGUCAACUACUCAUUCAUAACUUCAAGGGAAGAGUUUCGCCGAGAAUAUUUCAACCAAUUGAUAGUAGCCAGUUUGAAGGCGUCACACCCAAACUUAGAUUUGAAGCUUAAUGGCAGAGGUGAUAUAGCUUUAGGAGAUAGGAAGGUCAGCGGCAGCGCAUACAAGAUCUCACGCGGUAAAUCCUAUCAUCAUGGUACAAUGUUGAUACGAUCUAACCUCGAUCAAUUUCAUGGGUUAUUAAAGCCAGACUCACUGAAAGGUAUAACCUGGAAGUGCAACAGUGUUGAUAGCGUUCGAUCUGCAGUUGAAAAUGUACCUCUUGAUUCGACUCAGCAAUUCAUUGACGUAUGCGCAGACGGCUUCAAGCAACGGUUUAAAACACAAGAAGGAGAUGAAAUACCAAUUUAUUACUGUGAUGAGGAUAUGACUAUGAAUGACGAGAUAAAAAAUUACAUGUCGACGCUAUGCAGUGACGAAUGGAAAUACAUGAGCGGCCCCAGGUUCGAAGUUCGACUCGAAUCUAGCGGCCACUCGAUUGCAGUUGAAAAAGGUGUUAUUGUUGAAAGCUCCAUUCCAACCAUAAUAGGCACCAGCUUUUUAGAUUUCACGAGAAAUUUGUCCCAGUUUGAUGACAUCGAUCCUGAACUGAUUCUGUAA